AUCCGGGGCUUUGCUAAUAAUUCGUCCUUUCUCGCCGAUAUUCCAAGAUGGUGUACAAGCGUUUAGUGGAAAUUGGUCGUGUGGCUCUCAUAAACUCGGGACCCGACGAGGGGAAACUGUGUGUGAUCGUAGAUGUGGUGGAUCAAAAUCGAGCACUGAUUGAUGGGCCUUGUACCAAUGUCUGCCGCAAGGCCCUUAAUUUCAAGCACCUGUCACUGACCGACUUCAAGGUCAAGGUUGGCCCCUCUGCCAAAAGUGGCCCAGUUAAGAAGGCCUUUGAGAAAGGCGAGAUCCUUGAAAAAUGGGAGAAGACAGCAUGGGCUAAGAAACUGGUCACGAAAAAGAAGCGAACUACUCUCACUGACUUUGAUCGCUUCAAGCUCAAGCUGGCCAAGCAGAAGAAAAACCGGGUUCUCAAAGCUGAACUGAAGAAGUUGCGAAAAGACGCUAAGCUGUAAUCUUGCUGUUAAGAUUCAAAUAAAUCUUUUGUUUGAGAAAAUCUGAA